GCUCAAAACAAACUACUCAAAUACAAACAAUAUCUUCUCUCUCAUAACCGCUCUCUCUCUCUCUCUCUCUCCUUGAAGCGGCUGAUUCAGAUCUCGCGAUUCGGUUGCGGCAAUGGAGUUGCAGACUCAAUCGCAGGAGGUCGACGCGCCGACUACCAUCACCAUCAAGGGGAUUUUAGGGCUGUUGAUGUCGAAUACGGAUGCCAAGGAGAACGGGAAGAGAGUCAUUUCGCUGGGGAUUGGGGAUCCCACUGCCUACUCCUGCUUCCACGCUAGUAAUGCUGCUCAGGAAGGUGUUGUCGAGGCUCUGCGCUCUGCCAAAUUCAACGGCUACGCUCCCACCGCUGGCCUUCCCCAAACCAGAGAGGCAAUCGCGUCGUAUUUGUCACGGGAUCUCCCCUACCAGCUAGCGGCGGAAUCCGUGUAUGUCACAGCCGGAUGCACGCAAGCGAUUGAGAUAGCAUUGUCCGUUUUGGCUCGCCCCGGUGCUAAUAUCCUGCUCCCGAGGCCGUGUUUUCCGAUUUACGGGCUUUGCGCCUCGUUCAGAAAUAUUGAAGUCCGCUACUUCGAUCUCCACCCCGAGAAGGGAUGGGAGGUCGAUCUCGACGCAGUGGCAGAUUUGGCAGACCACAAUACCGUUGCAAUGGUGAUCAUCAACCCAGGGAAUCCAUGUGGAAACGUGUACUCACACCAGCACCUAAAGAAGAUUGCUGAGACGGCGAAGAGGCUCGGUAUAGUGGUGAUAGCUGAUGAGGUCUACGGCCAUCUGGCUUUCGGGGCUAACCCUUUUGUUCCGAUGGGAAUAUUCGGGUCUAUAGCCCCGGUGUUGACGCUUGGAUCUUUGUCCAAGAGAUGGCUGGUUCCUGGUUGGCGCCUUGGUUGGUUGGUCAUCAAUGACCCUGAUGGCAGCUUGAUGAGCCCAAAAUUUGUGGAACGCAUCAAGAAAUACUGUGACAUUAACGGAGGUCCGGCUACAUUCAUACAGGCUGCGGUUCCUGAUAUUGUUGAGCAAACACAAGAAGUUUUCUUCAGGAAAACAAUUAACAUACUCAAGCAGACUUCUGAUAUCUGUUACCAAAAGAUUGAAGACAUCAAUGGCAUUACUUGUCCAACAAAGCCUAAAGGAGCAAUGGCUUUCAUGGUGAAGCUGAAUCUCUCGGUGAUGAAAGAUAUUAGUGAUGAUAUCGACUUCUGUUUCAAGCUGGCCAAAGAGGAAUCUGUUAUCAUUCUUCCAGGGAUCGCUGUGGGUCUGAAGAACUGGAUCCGGAUCACAUUUGCAGUAGACGUACCUGCUCUCGAAGAAGCCAUGGAGAGGCUCAAGUCUUUCUGUGAACGGCACUCGUACUAAGAAGAAGCUCGAAGGCGUAAAAAUGGAAGGUUUCGUUGCGGUUGAUGCAGUUGGGAUAUUCCACGAGCAGCCAGGCACAGGCGUUGAUAAUAUUGCUCUCCUCGAGUAAAUAUUGUAUCAUCGCGUUUUGAAAUAAUGUAUUGCAUUUAAUUCGUUUAUUUGAAUAAGUCCGUUUGAAUUUAUUAUGUUCAAUUUGUAAUUUAGUCCGAAAAGAUUGUCCGCAGCCAGUAAAUAAUGAAUAUUUAUCGUCUCAA